CUAUCCGCUAGGAGGAGAGGAGAGGCUGUUGAGGAGCAACAAAACAAUAAACAGCUACUACUACAAACCACAUCAGCGGAGUUCACGAUACAGAGGAGUACCAACAAAUAAUUCAGACAACGCCUCGGAGUGAAGUGACAGCCAUGUAUCUGAACAGGGAAGAGCACAACAGCAAAGGCUCAUUGUCCCUCAGUGUGUUCCUGGUCUCCCUCGCAGUGACAGUGUGUGCUGUUUGGCUGGUGGCUCUUUGUGGCGUCUGUGGUUGGUGUCAACGCAAGCUGGGCAAGAGGAAUAAGCCAGGAGUGGAGACAGCAGACACUCCAGACUCGGCACGUGGGCGAGGGGAGAAGAAAGCCAUCAAUGAUCUAGACAGAGACUUUUGGAAUAACAAUGACAGCAGCACAGUGCAGCAGAGGUGGAGCUCCUAUCCGCCCAAGGAGUUCGUACUAAACAUUUCUCCCUAUGCCCCAUAUGGAGAUCCACGCCUCACACUCAACUUUGGGGAUCCGGUCUUGUCGUACGCGUCCACUUUGGAGCACAUCCCCACCCGGCCUCGGACACUGCUCCGCCAGCAGAGUCUACAGCAGCCUCUCAUCCACCCGCCGGGUCCUCUCCUCGGCAACCCCCCCACAACAUCCCAGAGUUUGGGACAGUUACACACAGCACCUGGACAGCCUGGGGGAGGCGGGGGUGCUGGGCGAGGAGAUGGAGGUGGCGGCGGUGGUGAGGGUGGGGGUGCAGGUACAAGAGGCGGCCCCAGAGGUGCACGGGGCAGCCCAGCAGGAGCAGGGGCCUCUCGCUGUAGGGGAGGUGGAGCAGGAGGGCGCUCACAUGCAAAUCCUGGCAGCUGGGAUUACACGAUGGACCAGAUGAAAAAUCGUGGCCUGGACGUCAAAUCCUUCCUUGAAGGGAAGCUGGUGGUCCUGGCUUUGGCAAUUGGUGUGGCUGAGCAAGAUGACUUUGCCAAUAUCCCUGACCUGCAGGACACAGCGCAGGCACAACAACCAACCAAUCAGGAGCCCCCUCCUGAGAAGAGGGGCAAUAAGCCAGUUAACAGUCCCAAGGGCCGACCCCCCGAUGCUGACGGCCACUCCUCCGUCACCGACCUGGCCAACUCACUCACUGGAGACAUGGUGAUGCUGUCUCCAGGUUCAGAGGAUGAUGACGGUGAAGGACCCAUCAGUGAGAAGCUGGGCCGGAUCCAGUUCAGCAUAGGCUACAGUUUCCAGAACACUACCCUCACCGUCAAAGUUCUCCGGGGCCAAGAGCUCCCCGCCAAGGACUUCUCUGGCACCUCCGAUCCCUUCGUCAAAAUCUACCUGUUGCCCGACAAAAAGCACAAGCUGGAGACCAAGGUCAAGAGGAAGAACCUCAACCCACACUGGAACGAGACCUUCUUGUUUGAGGGCUUCCCUUACGAGAAAGUGAGAGAGCGCACUCUGUACCUUCAGGUGCUGGACUAUGACCGCUUCAGCAGGAAUGACCCCAUUGGAGAGGUGUCGAUCCCCCUCAACAAGGUGGAGCUGGGCCAGAUAAAAACCUUCUGGAAGGAGCUCAAGCCCUGCAGUGAUGGCAGCGGAAGACGGGGAGACCUGCUUUUGUCUCUCUGCUAUAAUCCCUCUGCCAACACCAUCACUGUGAACAUCAUCAAAGCGCGCAAUCUCAAAGCCAUGGAUAUCGGGGGCACCUCAGAUCCAUACGUCAAGGUGUGGCUGAUGCACAAGGACAAGCGUGUAGAGAAGAAGAAGACGGUGACCAUGAAGCGCUGUCUGAAUCCCAUCUUCAACGAGUCCUUUCCCUUCGAAGUGCCCGCCCACGUACUGAGGGAGACCACCAUCAUUAUCACCGUCAUGGACAAGGACAGACUCAGCCGCAACGACGUUAUCGGAAAGAUUUACCUAUCGUGGAAGAGUGGACCCGGGGAGGUGAAGCACUGGAAAGACAUGCUCGCUCGGCCGCGUACUAACGUCGCCCAGUGGCACGCUCUCAAGGCCUGAUCGCACCGCCCAGCUUCCUCCAUGGCCCCUCUCCGUCUCCCACUCCCCCUCCUCCCUCCCCUCCUCCCACCUGUCCUUAUGCACAAGACUGACUUGCUGCCAGGCUGCGAAACACGGGUACAAUUAGCCAUCUGCUCUCUUAAACCUUUAAACUCUUUUUCUUUCAAAAUCUCUAUUCCUCUCCGCCUCUUCUAACUUCUUCUAUUCCCUCCUCUCCAUACAGCUGUGUCUUAGUUUCUGUGUCUCACGACUUUGCCAAUGGUCCCCCUGUUUCUGACUGUCUGUAUGUCUGUCUGUCCUUAUGCACUUUGCCUGUGGAGGUCUGAUAUGAUAUUCAGUUUCUUUGUCGACCCCUUGGUUCUGAACUGCACUGCUACCCUCGACCCAUUAAGGUGCCAGUCCCGUGGGAUCACAGAGAAUCUUAAGUAACGAUCUAAUCUCAUAUAAUCCUAUUGUAUGACUAUUCCAGGUAAACAAUACUAUACAGUAUGUACAUUAUGUACAUGUACAUAUUAAUAUAUUAGGAAUAGAUUGGCAGAACUCCCACUAUACCAAUGAUUAAUGUACGGUAUUCUAUCCAUAGCCUGUCUGCUGUUUCCCAUCCCUCCUUUCUCACCAUUUGUCGCUUUGUCAUCUGUCUCAAGUGUACUAUAUCCUCUCCCCAUUUCAGCCUCUCUCCUUUUACUCAAAAGUGGUUUAAUGUUCAGCUGAAGUCGUGGAAAGCAAUCAAUACUCGGUUUGUGAUGAAACCUGCUAAACUCGAGAUGAAAUGGUUGAUACUGCUUUCUUUUCUCUCCCUCUUUUUUCCUCCCUAUGCUCAUCUUUAUCUCUUUUUACCCUUAUGGUUCCCUCUUUCUCUUCCUCCGGCACAAUAUUAGUGUAUCCAGGCUUUCUGGACCCCCACCCCUCCUUGUCGUCUGUGUGCUGUGGGUGCUGUGCUGUAGCUCCAACAAAAAUAGAGAUUAAAAAGAAAAAAAAAAUAACUGAACUUUCCAAAACUGGGAAAGCGGGAACACAAUAAACUUGUGAAAUGGAUCGCUCCUGAUUUUUCCAGACAAAAAGCCCUGAGACGGAGAGAGAAAAAAGAAGAUGAAAAAGACCCAACCAAAACUAAUCCCACAUGAUACCAUGAUGUCAUUUUUCAGAGCAUCACCAACCGAGGAAACCAAUUUAAAAUCUUCUUCCAAUUUUAAGAUGAAAACAGAAGCAAAAAGUUUGCGCUGUUUGUGCACAUUCAUUUGGUUUUGUGCACACUUCCGUCUGUUUAUUGAUGCUAUGAUCUUUGUCCUGCGCUGUGCUGUGGUCAUGUGUUGAUGGAGGUCUAUCUCCAUGACUGAUGGUGUGCUGGGUUAAUGUGUGCCUCUUGCUAUGUUUAUGUACGUGUGUGUGUGUUCACAGGAACAACACAAUUCAGACUUGGCAGAAAUCUUCUUCUCUUUUCUCUUUCUCAUCUUGCGCUCUUCUUGAUCUUCUUACUGCCAUUGUUUCCCCCAUCCUACUUUACUGCCCAGCCUUCAGAACGAGGGCACAGGGAAGUUCUAUCUGCACUUUUUGAAAAUGUAAUAACAAUAAUAAUGAUAACGACAGUUUUGAUGAUGACUAUAGUUCUGGUGAAAAUUAAGGGAGGAGUAUCUGAAAGGGUGAGCAGCAGUUGGGGAGAGGAGACGUCUUCUGUGUAAUUUCAGGGUUUGGAGAUGGAGUGAAGGACACAGAGGAGGGAUGUAGGGCUCUCAUUCUCCUCUUUUGUUCCCUGUUUUCCUCAACCCCCAAAUAUAUGUGCAAGUGUGUGUUUGUGUACGUCAGCUGCCAGACUCCUGGUCUCGGGCUGCUCGUGUCUGAUUGUCAGGCGAGGAUAGAGAGAUCACGCCUGUCUGCUUGUCACAUGCAGGCUGGCGACCACAACAGUGCUAUUACACAAAGUGUUGAUCAACAGCGAGCGCUGUCAGAGCUCUAGUGAAGAGUCUGGAUGCUCCUACGUGAGUCCAUGAUGCUGAACAACUGGUGCAUGUCUGGAAACAGCAAGACAGAUGUGGUUUCAUGCUUUAUUGCGCAAAGAUAAAAAAGAUGCCAUGCCUUUAUCAAAUGUUUUGUUGCCAUUCACAGACACUACGAAUGACCCAGACAGUUUGUGUGAUAUUAGAUGAUGGUCUGAUCUGCUGCCGCAAGAUACUGUAGAAGCAGAUUAGACAUGAUCUUUUCCCUGAGUGCUUGAAAGCACCACAGAGUGUAUUGGUAGCUGCUCUGUUUGUCACGAACAUUCAGCUCUGCUCGAUAUAUUUCUGUAACGUAAAUAAAACAGUCAGAGCAGCAACAUGAAUACCGUCAGCCAUUAAGAGCUGCUCCCACAGACGUCUACUCUUUCUUAGUGUACUCUCUGUACUGUGACAGUGUUUACAUUCAUAAAGACUUGGGAAGCAUAAUCCUGUCAGGAUUUUUGUUUUUCUGUCACAGCCUUGUUUUUUAUGUCUAAAUGAGCAUCCACCUUUCAAACAUCUGUCAUGUUUGACUGACUUACCGAGCAAAUAAAUCAGUUGUUUGUUUUUAGAUGAAGCAUCAGUGCUUCUGUUAGUGCAGCGUUUGAAGUUACUUUCAACUGGCCCCAUUACAACUAUGCCUAAGAUACUUUGGGCCCUGCAGUACGUUUUAUUCUCUCCUUUCAUGCAAUCAUUUGAUAGCAUGUAAAGCUUUUUUGCUUGUUUUGAUUUAUGAUUCUGAUAACCUGAUCACAACCACAGAGAUGUUUAUCGUAGUCUAAUCUGUACCAGGUUAGUCCUUGUCCUGUGUGUCUAUAGGCCGGUCUGGGCAGCGCACAGUUUGCUGCGAGUGUGUUCUGGGCAGUGUGUUUCGUGUGAGCCUCGCUGCUGCUGUGAUGCACUGAUCCAGUCCAGCACCCUUCAGAACAAUUGGCUAGCCGUGGAGCAGGGCCCAGUGUUUUGACAGCCUCUGCCUGCAGUGUCACAGCACAUUACCUUCCUAUUAGUUGGUCUGAAAGAAGUAAUAUCUGCUUUCUUGGACAUUAGGGACUCACUAUUUGCUGAGGUUAUACUCACUAAGAAUAAAAACAAACUAUGGAGCACUCCCAUUAGUAGGCACAAAGAUGAUGGAUGGGGAUGAAGAUGUGUCACUCUAAAUGAAGAAAAUAAUCAGGAAGCAAUCGCUGUGUAAAGCUGUGAGAACCGAACGUGGUUUGAAUGCGCAGGUGUGCAGGUGAUGAGUCAACACAAUACUGCUGCCAUUUCCUUUCACCAUGACUACAUGUAGCUCAAGGAGAGAUAAAUUGCUAUGCUACGAGGGUUUGCAAUGCUUAGUCAUCAGUGACCCUGUAAACUGGGGGAUAUGGCUUUUAUUUUUAGUAACAUGAGGCAUAGUUUGCUGUUACUGAUCCUCAAAGGUGGACUGGAAGCUUUUAAAUAAGUACUGAGUGCUUUUGCAUUACAGACUUCUUUAAUGCAAAUUCAAUCCAUGGUCAUUUUUCAUUUUAAAAUGUUAAUCGGACGGCCAUUAAGUAAGUAGCAGUGACAGUUUGUCAAAGGCAGAAAGUCAUUGACCUAAAUCAUUUCUUAGGGUUCCAAAGAACCCGCUGCUGUAAGUAAAUGUGACAGUAAUAUUAAUGGAAAGAUCGAUUUUAUGGCAAUAUAGUAAUUAUUGUUUAGCUAUUUCAAUUUAUGAUUUCUUCUAGCCAUAAUGAAAUCCAUUAUUUAGCUGAGGAUUAACCCCCUCACUUCUACAUUAACUGCAUAUUUUUUGAAGGUAACAAAACAUAACAAUUGAAUUCCCGUUUACGCAGCUGACCUCUAAAACAUGUCGGGAAAAGUCAGGAAGUAUUGGGCUGGUAAAACAUUGUUAAGUAUGUUUUUUGAGCUGUUGUAGAAUAAACUAAGCUCCACCUAUGGUAAUACUAACCCAGCAUUUAAUCUAAUUUAAAUAUAAAAAGAGAUUUCAACUGACAAUUAAUGCUUGUGGUCAUAAAGUUAACUUUUGAAUCUGAAACUGACAGAAAAAACUCUCAAAUAUGUGUGUGUGCUUUACUCGCCUCUACUUUUAUAAGAAGAGGAACACAGUGGCAUAUGAUUCAUCACAGGGUAUCCAGAAAGUUGCACUUUUCCUUAAAAUAACCAGGAGUCCCAAACCUUUUAUUCUCUCAGCGCCAGCAGUCAAAAAGCAGCACCAUUAAAAUGGAUGGUAAGCUCAGAGCCAAACAGUACAGGAAGGAAAGUAAUUUCAAGAUCCCAGUUUUAUUAUACUGCCACCUGUCUCAACAACUCUAAAGAAGCUGCAUUUUUUUGGCACCAGCACUGCCAGCAACGACCUUCAACAAUCUUGGGCUCAUGAAUACAGCAUGGCAGUGCUGCAUAUGCUGGUGUCUUUUUUCAGGCUAGCUCCACUUUGUGUACCUGCUCUCCUUGUGUUCGGCCUCCGCUCUGUCUUUCAUCAGUGAUUCAUCCUCUGGCGAGGUCAGUGUAGGUGUGGAUAAUUACCGUGUGAUUACUGAGGUUUCAUUCAAGAAGACUGACACUGUCCACCACUCUGCCACAGAAUUAAGGCUCAUGAAACUGACUCCUGAGUUCAAUUACAUUUUAUCACAGGUGCUUUGAUUUCUCUUUAUUAUGUGGUCAAUCAGCUCGGUUGUUUUUGCUUUAGGAAAAAUAAAUUUGUCACAGCCAUAGUCAACAUUAUAUUAGUUAUAAUUAGCAUGUUAGCGUUGCCAUUGUGCAGUCGUGGGUAGUAACUAAGUACAUUUACCCAUUACUGUGAAAGCAGUCAAAGACUUGUACUUUACUACAUAUAUUUGAUUAACUUAAGUUAGCUACCUCGCAGAUAAAGACAAUAAAUACAAAGUAGGAUUUAUACUUAUUGACAUAUUAUUAUAGAUUAAGAUAACCAUCAGUAUAUAAAGUAGCUAGAAUUAGCUUCAUCUCAGUUGCAACAUUACAUGGAUACAUGUAUUAACAGUUAUAAUAUAGAUAUAAUACAAAAUAUAUUUUUUCUGCAUAAUGACCACUUUGUGUACUUUAAAUAUAUUUUGAUGCUGUACUUUCUUAAAGUAUUUUUGUAUUUGUGCUAACUAGCAUUUCGCUCAAAAUAUAAGAUCUUCGAACUGGUCUUAAUGUUGGAGAAGGGUUUGUCCACCCCAACUGCAUCAUUGUCACAUGCAGUUUUGCCUUUUCAUUUACUUUCUGAACAACUGAAAUCUUUAUUGGCUGAAGGGGUCACACCUGUUUGCCAAAGGAUUUGAAAGAUAUUUUCAGUUCCUGAUACUGUUUGUCCUUGUAAUACUCUCAGCCUCUAGAUUCUGCCGCAACAUUUUUCCUUUGACGGAUAUGGCUUUCAUAAGAUGAGUGUCAAUGACUCAUUCAAUUGGAGAGGUGCCUGCUUUGCUGCAGUUUGUGCAAUAUUAAUUUAAAGGAUACUUUGCUUUAUGUCUUAGAGAACUUUGUGUGUGUGUCUGCAUUAAAAUCAGGCUGUACUUAUCUCAUAUUGGAGGGACUGCAGCUGAUGUUUUAUUCUGCUGAAUCAUAUUAUGACAGCUGAGUCAUCCCAAAAGUCUUCUGGGUCACAUUUGUCAUUGUCCGGUCAGUCCGUGUUCAAGUCUCACCCUGCGCAGACGGACCUCGCCUCCCCUAACUCACCCUUUCAAUUGUUUUAAGCAUCUGGUGAAAACCAAUGUGACUUCUCCCAAUCAGGGUUCAAGUAAGCAUUAUUUGAAUGGUAACAAAAUGAAUAUUAAAAACAGUAACGAGUAAUAAUAUCUUUUUUCUUUCUGUUCACAUUUGACUGUCGGUCAGUGUGUAUGUAUGUGUGUGCUUGGUGUUCUUGUGUUGGGUUUAUUUCUUUAUAAAAAUGUGAUAAGAAAAUCCUUCUGUUUUUGGAACCUUUAUGUAAAUAUCGUUGGUGAAAAUUAACAUUUAUUGUACGCCGAGUUUUCAUUUGUCACUUCAAAUGAUGAAGAAAACAAUGAUGUUGAUGAAUAACAGUGGUGGUGAUGUUGAUGAUGCUGAAGCUGAUUAUACCUGCCCUUCUUGAAUAAGGGCUUUUGAUGUCCGCUGUAUUUUUGUUGGAGGUGUCGUGAGGUUGAGGCAAGAGAAACAAAGGGAAGGAGUGAUACCCAAAACAUCCCGCUGUAGCAACACUGCCACAUACCUUUAACAUCCCGACACAUUAUCAGGAAGCGGACUGAGAGAUAUGUGGCGCAAAUUGUAGCCUGUCUUACUCGCGGCAUGAAACAAAGCAUGUUGUACUUCUACUCCAGGAUUCAAACGGUCGUUGGCUGUGUAAGAAGACACCUCCCUGUGGAGACAGUCUGCCCGGUCGCUUGGCAUCACAUCUCACCCCGUCUGCUUAUAGGCUUGGGGAUUUACUGUAAUGCCAUUGUGUUGGAGAGGAUUGGCCCUGCACUGACACUGAUGAUGCCUUCCUCAUUGAAUUUGCAGUCAUUAUUGCUCUGCUAGAGGCCGUACAUAGGGAUGGGCAUGUAUGGAGGUGGGAGGUUGUUCAUCAUACUCCGACCCUGCAAAGACUAUUUGCUUGUGAUUCAGCCUCCUAUUCUGGGGAUAGACUCAUGAUUAAGCACUGCCAUGAACUUGCCACAUUAUAUCCUCAUCUCCUCCUUUGUCAGAUAUUUGUAUGAACGUUCAAACUCCUGCAAGAGAAAUCCAGGACUAGUGCUAUGAACCCCAUAUAGCAGACGUAUUAAAAUAAGGGGUUUUGUGAGGGAGAGUAAGAUUGAUUUCUCAAAAAAUUUGCCCUGUGCCUUCUCAACAGACAUAUGUCCGGCCCGCUGCUGCAUCCAAAAAUGAAAAUGCACAGGGCUGUAGUCCAGUUAUUUUUAAUAACAGUCCCUGCAGGUGUCUGUACGCCUACUCCCCUAUUUUCCAUAUGCCACAGCCUUAUGUAUCUGGCUGGGUUUAUGUACAGUGCAGGGACAGAGCUUAUCAGUUUGGUGUUACUUUUAGGACUGUCUCCGCCACAGACAUGAUAUGAUACAGCAGAUACUCCCAGCAGCUGCCAGCAGGAAGGACAUUGAAUACAGUCCUGCCUCCAUUUGUAAUACCAUCCUUUAGAGGGAGUCCCACAAGGAGUCAGAAAACACACACACACACACACACACACACACACACACACACACACACACACACACACACACACACACACACACACACACACAAUCUGUCACUUAUCGAUCCACUGAUAAUGAAUUCUGAAUAUUUUCCCUGAAUCCAGAUCCUUCUGAAGCCGUUUGUUUUUUUCUUUCCUCGCUGAUUGUAAAUAUAAUUGUUAUUCAGUUAGAGCAUACUCUAACUCCUGCCAUAAUGUGGACAUUUUAAUCAGGUAGGUAAUAAGCAAUACACUUAACGAGUCCUAAUGCCAUACACUGAAAUAUUACUUACCGAGUCUGAUGGUCACUCUUUUGAAUUUUGAGGGAUGUCAAGGGUAACACUCCUGUUUCUUCAACUUCUUUCUCCACUUGCCAUGGCCCACCUCUUCAACAAAGAGUGCUCUGACUUAAAACACACAAUUAUGAUGUGUACAAUCUAAUUUAAUGUAUUUAUUUAUGUAUUUUUGCCAACUUUGUAUAGUGUAUAAAUAUCUAUAAAUAUAUGAAAAAUGACAGUACUGUAUAGAUUUUAGCUGCCUGGUAAGGUUAAUAGUAUAUACUUGGUAGACUAAAAGAAAAAGCGUAGAGCUGUUCAAAAGCCAGUCAUUGAGAAAAUGCUUUCUGUAAAACCCGGUGCCACUGGCUCUUUUUAUAUCCUAGGUUUCGUUUCUGGUUUAUUUUUUUAUUAUUACCAGUGGGAUCCAAAGUGUGUGUUGUUUCUUCUUUUCGUCCGUUUGUUUGUUAAUCGGUUUGUUUGUUGUUUUUUCUUAACAAGACACAGCAAGGUUCUGGCAGCCAGGAGAGUGCAGUGGAACGCAGACUGGGACCCUGUGCAGUAGUGUGUGUGUAUGUGUGUGUGUGCGGGUGUGUGUCCGUCCAUGGUAGUACUAGUGCUCUCUGUGCAGUGCCUCCCCACCCCUCUCUCUGAUGUAGUUUGUCAUGUGACGCAGUGUGUGUUAAGGUGCAGGAUGACUGUAGGCUGAAGCUGGCAGAUGCCCUCUCUCCUCUCUCCAUGUUUCUUCAUUUCCAGUCAUCUUCUUCAUUACGCUUCUGCCUCCAACACUUAUAGAUUUCCACUUCCUCUGCUCAAUUUCUCAUUUACUCUCCCAUUCAGCUUGUAAUGCAAACAGCACCAGAGUCUAAUUUCCCAGUAAUCCAUGCUUCCUCAUCUAUUUGUGAUUCUUUGUCCAUUAGCAUCUUUCAUCCGUCACCCUGAACAUUAUGUAGUUUUUCCUACAGCGCUGUGUGGACCAGAGAAUGAUUUAGCACAAAAAAAGAGCAUCCUCAUCCCUGUUAAUGUUUCUGCUUCUCUUUACGGAGUUGCACUUUCAGCCACCUCUCUUUACAAUCCCUGAGGAGAAGGGCAGCUGCCAGCUCAGCACGCAGAAACACAAAGCAGCCAUAAUCAGAUGUCAAGCACAGCCCUGAUGCUCAAAUCUAUGUUGUGGUGGCUUCACUGCCGCCCCGUUUGUAGCAAGAGAAAGUGAAUAGCCUUAAAGAUUGGACCAAGUACACACAAAAAAAGUAGUGGGAUAUGUGCAUUUGUAGUGGAUUAUUAUUACCUUCCCUUUCCCACACCAGAUUUAUUACUAAGUAUUCCGAUGUGUUGCUUGGUUGCUCUGUACAUAUCUGUGUAGUACUUCUGUUGAUGUCCCUGUGUUAGGAUAGUAACGGGUUCUUACUGGGCGGCCUCUGCAGACGUCCUCUCCCUCCUACCUCGUCUCAUUUCCUCAAAAACUUCAAACAUUCCAUCUAAAUCUCAAGUGAGCAACAUUUUAAAGACGAUUAGAUUACCACGUAAGCUGAGGGAAUAAAAACAGCAGAGGGACUGAGCUGCAGACAUUUCCGCUGGAGCCAUGAUAAUAACCAAGACGUCUUGUCUGUGUUCACGUCCCUCUGAGAGCUGAUGGCACGCUCAGCAUAAAGACCAUCACACUCGCCUCUCUGCUCCUCCGUAACCCGCCUUCACACCAACCUCAGGGGGGAAGAGUGGGGUGAGGAGGUGGCAGAGCCCUGGGAGGUGGCAGAGAGGCCUGUCCCUGUGGUCACAUCCUGGGUCAGGAGGGAAGGGAGCAAGGGCGUCUCGAGGUCAAACCCAGUAGCACUUUGGUUUUGCGUUCCAUGUUUUUUUAGCCUCUCCUGUUUUUGGGCCGAGCGGACUGUGAUCUUACUGGUUGAUUUUCUCGUUCUCCUCCACCCAUCAGUGUUACAGAGUGUGUUGGGUGGACGGAGCC